GGUAAGCCUGAUAUAUAAUACGCAGUGUGUACGUUCCAUAAAUCAUUCUGUAGCGAGCUGACCGAGUUGAUUCUAUAGUUGUACGUAUACACAUAUAAACUCAACAAUAUAUCGCGCAACUAUAAGUAUCACUUAGAAAGAAAUGAAUAUUAGCAUCGUGGACAAACGAAGGAAGUGCACUUAAUUUUUGUCAAGGAUAUGGAUUCUAAAAGCAAUACACAUAGCAUUAGUAAUGAUUCUGAAGGGAAUCUUUCCGACAUAGAUGACGCUGAGAGCAAUCAAUCCGAUAACAUGCAAUCAAGUUCUUCGAAAACUGAAGAUGUAAAUAGUCCUGGUAGUAAAUGUGAAAAUAUUACUACCAUAAAGGAUGUAAGCCCUGCAGCGGGACAGAGUAAUAAUGUUGUGCGUAAAACUAUGCAAAGUGAACCCAUGAAACUUCCUCUACAAGAUAAUUACCAAGGAAUUGACGCUCAUACCGAUGAAUGUGAUAAAAAUAUGUUAGAGGAAGUAUCGCUCACUACUUUUAAUGCAGUUGAUGCGUCAGAACCAUCUACUUCACGGGACGAUAGCCCAUCUUCUUACCAUACUAAAGAGCCAAAUGCGUUACAUGCAGAUCAAAACAAAGUUAAGAGAAGUACAUCAAUGGAAAAUUUAGGUGAUAAUUCGGAUGAAGAUGCAAGUAAACGGCAGAAGUUAAAUGAUAGCGCGAACAGUGAGGAAAAUGCGAUUGAUGACACGUUAGUAACGUUUCAAAAAACCAACUUGAAAGUGAGGUUGCGGAAUUAUCGCAAGAAGAGAAAUGUAGCCAGCGAUAACGGAGAUAGUUCUAGAGCUACCGUGCAUAAUGAAACAGUCAGAGAGGCUUCUAUUCUCGAUGGAGACGAAGAUUUAUUAUCAAGGAAUGUUGCAUCUGCCAAUACUAACAACGAAUCAAAUAGAACUUCGGAAAGUCGCGAAGGAGGCUCGGAAACAACUAGUGACGGGACUGAUCGAUACGAAAAUGAAAGAGGUAAUUCGAAUGAUUGGACAACAACUAGCGAGGAUGAAAUAGAUGAAGUCGAAGUGCUUCGUAGUCUCAAAAACGAAAAACCGCCACCCAACUUUAAUCUAGUAUCGGAAAUUAUAAGCCGCCAAAUAGGUAGCAAUCCGUUGUUUCACGAAAAGUUUUAUGGCUCUUUACACGUUGUAGAGCGGCUUAAACUGCUGCAUCAGCUUAAAGAACAUCAGGGUUGUGUAAAUGCCUUGAAUUUUAAUCAAAAGGGGAACUUAUUGGCGAGUGGCUCCGAUGAUUUAGCAGUAGUUAUCUGGGAUUGGGCUAGAGGGAAGAAGCGCCAUUGGUUCGAAAGCGGUCACAGUAGUAAUAUGUUUCAGGCGAAGUGGUUGCCGUUCGACAUGGAAUAUCUCAUGGCCACUUGCGGCAGAGACGGUCAGGUACGUCUGUUAGAUCUUAGACACGAAACGUCGAGAAAAUUGGCGACACAUCAUGGACCGUCGCAUAAAUUAGCUGUUCACAAUGACACGCCUCAUGUAAUCAUCUCGGUGGGGGAAGACGCGAAGGUAUUAUCGAUAGAUAUUCGAGAGCGUAAGCCAAACAAGUUGUUGGUGGUAAAAGAUGAAACCUCAGAGGUGCACACUGUGCAACUGUACAGUGUACAUUCUAAUCCUUUUAGUAGUAACGAAUUUUGCGUCGGUGGCCGUUCUCAUUACGUCAGGGUGUACGAUCAACGAAAAGUUUCGACGCCUCUUUAUAAAUUGUGUCCCGAUCACCUGACGGAGAAUAAGUACGCGCAUGUCACAUGCGCUGUAUAUAAUUACAACGGAACCGAAAUCCUCGCAUCAUACAACGAUGAAGAUAUAUAUCUGUUUGACAAGUUGAUGUCGCCAUGCGUGGAUUACGCGCACAGAUAUCGAGGUCACCGAAAUAAUGCAACUGUGAAAGGCGUCAACUUCUUCGGGCCUAAAAGCGAAUACGUUAUAUCUGGCUCCGAUUGUGGCAACAUAUUUAUUUGGGAUAAAAAUACAGAGGCUGUUGUGCAAUGGAUGAAAGGCGACGAGCAAGGAGUUGUAAAUUGCUUAGAAGGUCAUCCGCAUAUUCCUGUUCUUGCAACAAGUGGAUUGGAUCAUGAUGUCAAGAUAUGGAUUCCCUGCGACGACGGACCUCCGAAGAUGGGAGACUUUGCUAAGUGCAUUCGAAAGAACGCGAGAAAUAGGAAGCGCGAAAACGAACCAGACGCAUUCGACGGCCAAAUGCUUUGGAUCUUACUUAGGCACAUCCGCCAGUCAGAACCAACGCGGCGUCGCUUUGGACGUCAUCCCCCGGCUGAAGACAGCGAUGAUGAGGAUGAUUACGUAUCCGAUGGCUCUUCGAACGAUAAUUCGUGGGAAAGCUAUUCUGAAGGCGACGAUAUCGGAAGAUUACAGUGCCCUCCGUCUUAAAAAGCUGUUGUGCAUAAUUAUAUAUAAUUUGUUGCAAUGGAGAAAUUGCGUAGCAUCUGAAAAAUUAAUUUUGUCGUUUUGCAAUUUUAAGGAAUAUAAUUUGCGGAGUGUAUAGGAAGAACAAUUAUGCAGGAUUUUGUCGCAAAUCUUGCACACAAUAUCAUUAGUCUUUUUUAUCAGCUCGAGAUAAUUAGUACAUAUACUUAACUAACUAUAUAUAUACUUAAGCGGUUUACGGUUGCAUUGUAAUUUUUGAAUAUACGUUGAACAGAUAUAUAAAGACUGCUAUAUUGAUAGACUGUAUGAUAUUUAGAUAAGAAGAAAAAAAAAAGAGCAUCGUAUUUUAUAAUAGUCGUGCAAAAGAUUGUAAAACGCGCUUUCUUUUCUUUAUUUAUAUUUAAAAAUACCGUGGUUACAAUUAACACUUGUCUCAUACAAGUAGGAUUGUUUCUUUUUUAAUUUAGUUGAUAUAUUGAUGUACGUUUAGUCGAUAAUAUUAAUUAUACUUCUAAGGGUAUGAUUAAUCGUAAUGUGAUAGAAAGAUACGUUGUUACGUUGUUCUAAUGAUUUAUAGUUGUAUCUCAAUAUAUAAUAUAUUUAAAAGUUU